AUGCGCUUCUUCAGAAGAUCAGAACCCGAAUAUCCUCCCGAACAGGCCGCACAAUCAUGGCCAGCUGUGCCCCCUUCGCUCCACCAUGAGUCCUUCGAGGUGGGUGAGGACAAGCAUACUACUCUCCAGCCACCACCUCAGCCUUACUACAGCCCCGGCGCAGUUACCCCUUGGCUCGGCCUCCGAUCCCGUCUUUCCCAGGUGCCUAUGAAUCGAUGGACAGUCCUACUUCUUCUCGUCCUAGCCCGGCUCUUGAUAUCUCUCGCCGACCUCAACACGAACCUAGUCACCGCCAAGACGCAGGCUGUAUCUGCUUGCACCGAGGUCGAGGACGUCGGGAGUUCCAUGGCCUCUAUGCCUCACUAUCUCUCUGCCGGCGUCAACCGAAUGGCAGCUGAUGGAAUCACCAAGGCGGUCCAGGGCAUGGUUGAGAUCCUCUUGAUGGUUCUCACCGGAGUUCAGCAGCUCAUUCUGUUUUUUAUUGAGUUCGAGAUCGGUACCUUUCUGUGUCUCUCUACCGCCAUCGCCCAGGCUGUCAUCGAAGUUGGUGAAUUCGCCAUCAAUAGCACUACGAAAGCCUUGAAUGCUGCCAUCAAGAAAAUUGCCGAUGAUCUGACUUCCGCCGCGGGCAAGGUUACUGGCGGUCUGGACGAUAUCAGAAAUGCUGUGCAUAACGAUCCCGUUUUGGAAUGGAUUGAUAAGAUGGUCCCCGACACCAGGGGCCUUGAAAAUGAUCUGAAAAAGCUGGGCGAUGUACAAAUUGAUACCAGCUCGGUCCUUGGCGGCAUGACAGAUCUCGAACAUAAGAUCGCCUAUGACAACGUCAAGAAUGUAGCAAAAGAAGCGAUCGCGAUACCUUUCGACAUGGUCAAGAGACUACUGAACGAGAGCUACGGCACCUGGGAGUUCGACCAAUCCGUGUUUCCCAUCCCCGCGAAGGAGUCGCUGUCUUUUUGUUCCGACAACAGCACACUUGAGAGGUUUUUUGAAGUUCUGUUCAAGAUCGCCGCCAACGCGAAAAUCAUCGCUGUCGCGGUGCUCAUUAUCCUGGCUGUUCUCGCGUGUGCCGUCAUGGCUUGGUGGGAAAUUAAACGUUUCAACAGGCAGCUGCAGAAGUCACAGGCACUCAUCGACCGUGAGCCCCUGGACAUCGUCUACAUUGGUGGCCGGCCUCUUACUGCUGGCACGGGAGUAUGGCUCUCGGAGAGACUCUCGAGAGAUCCCAAGCGCCAGUCCCUGAUCCGAUGGGUGAUUGCCUAUGCGACAACAUACAAGGCACUCUUUGUCCUAGCACUAGCCGUGGCUGGAGGCUUCUCUUGCCUCUGCCAAUGGAUCAUCAUGAGGGCCGUCCAACAGGACGUCCCGGCUCUCACCACCACGGUCGGGGACUUUGCCGGCGAUGUUGUGACCUCCUUAGAGCAGGCGUCCACCAAGUGGGCUAAUGACUCCAACAGUGUCAUCCUAGGCUUCCAGGACGACAUCAACAAUGACAUGUUCGGUUAUGUGCGACAUGCAACCGACGCGGCAAAUGACACCAUCAACACUUUCAACCAUUAUAUGCAGGAAGGGCUCAACAAUGCGUUCGGAGGUGUCGACCAGUUGGAGAAGUUUAUGAAGGGCAUCAUCCAAUGUCUCAUCGGCAACAAGCUCGACUCGAUCCAGCAGGGCCUGACGUGGGUGCACGAGAAGGCCCGCGUCACGCUCCCGCUCUUUCCUGCUGAUCUUUUCUGUGUCGGCGUCAACGAAUCGAUCAGCGGCAACCCGAACACCACGACUUUCUUGUCCACGCCGGCCUCAACCGUCACUGACGAGAUCACGGGCGCAGUGAAUAGCGUGGUGGAUGUACUUUGGAGCAGCAUCAUCCAGGAGAUAGUGAUCUCGCUGGUCCUCUUCCUGAUCUAUGUGGCCUACGUCUUCUUCGCCGGGGCUGAGGCGGCGAUUCGGAUGGCAAUGAGCGACCGGGUCCAUGAGGACCAGAGAAGACAACAGUCUUACGCCAGUGGCCCUCGUGAGUCGAAGUCACCAACGCCGCGAGUUCCUGAAAUCGACGGGGAUAGUGCAGUGCUGGAGAAUCCGAUCAGAUUGCCGGCAAGGGGUAUACAUGAGGAUCCAUUCGCGGACCAAGACAUCAUGACCGGUGAGCAUGCGGGCCUCGCGCUCAGGGACUCGAGGGAUAGGAUGGGUAGUCCAACGCCCCAGCGUGAUCAUGAGAGGCAGAGCGAGUAUAAUGCCGACGCGUCCGACUACCAUAUCUAA